AGCACAAGUCACGCGUUGUUUAGCUCUGAGAGAACAAAUAUGGCGGAAGAUGGGGAGUCAUUGGAGUCUUGGCUUAAUAAAGCCACCAACCUUUCUAACAGACAGGAAGACUGGGAGUAUAUAAUUGGAUUCUGUGACCAAAUCAACAAGGAGCUAGAAGGCCCACAAAUAUCGGUCAGACUGUUGGCACACAAGAUUCAGUCCCCUCAAGAAUGGGAAGCGCUCCAGGGAUUGACAGUUUUGGAAGCAUGCAUGAAGAACUGUGGCCGACGGUUUCACAGCGAAGUUGGGAAGUUUAAAUUUUUAAAUGAAUUAAUUAAGGUGGUGUCCCCCAAAUACCUUGGAGAAAGAGUGUCAGAAAAAGUGAGAAAGAAAGUGAUUGAGAUGUUGUAUGCAUGGACAGUGUCUCUACCAGAUGAAACAAAGAUUUGUGAGGCUUAUCAAAUGCUGAAGUCACAGGGUAUUGUUUUAGUUGACCCAGAAAUCUCAGCAGAUGCCACGUUAAUACCAUCACCUUCUCCCCGCCCCAAGAAUCCUGUGUUUGAUGAUGAGAGAAAGAGCAAGAGAUUAUCUGAACUUCUGAAGAGCAAAAAGCCCGAAGAUCUGCAAGAGGCAAAUCGCCUCAUCAAGAACAUGGUCAAAGAGGAUGAGGUGAGAAUGCAGAGAACUGCAAAGCAAAAAAGCACACUGGAGGCAGUCAACAAUAGUGUCAAACUCCUUAAUGAGAUGCUGGCUCACUUCAGCCCAGACAACUCCACUGAAGGCGAUAAGGAGCUCAUUAAGGAGUUGUACAUUGAUUGUGACAAGCUCAGGCAAACUGUGUUUACGCUUGCCACUGAGACAGAGGAUGAUGACAGUAGCUUGGGUGAAAUCUUACAGGCCAGUGAUGACCUAUCCCAUGUUAUUGGUUCCUAUAAGAAAAUUGUGGAAGGGCACAGCAUCAACGGAGACGCUGAAUCUGCAGAACAGAUGCAAAACCGAGUCACACAAGGCACUGAAAGCACAAACCAGUCAGAGGUUCUCAUCGAUCUGGUGGGUAUCGACUUUCAGUCCCCUUCUCAACCCAUGCAGGAACCCUCAGCAUCUUCUCUGCGUUUUCCAGCUGAACUGCUUUGUGACCUGGUAGCCCCAAGAGGCCAAUCUGAGGGUGUGAAUGCUCCCUCUACAUCACUGUCCCAGUUUGAUGAAGAGCUGCUGUCUUUAGGCCGCAACAAACCUUUUUGCCCUGUUCUCAGUGACUCAACUCAUGGAAACGCAAGUAAUUUGACAUCUUUACAGUUGUUCAGCAUGACUUCACCUGAGCAUUUGGCGACCUCGCAAAAGGCUGGCACUGUACCAGGACCACUCGACUUACCUUACUCUCUCAGUCACACUUUGCAAGACCUUGCCAUGUUGGAUCUUAUGAGUAAUGAUCUUGGUGCUACCACCACGUCAUCUUCCUCACUGAUCACAGGAGUGGAGCGAGGAUUGCCUUCUCCAUCAACUACCAAGAGCCAUGCAGAUGCCGGACCUCUGUUACGCUCUCUGUCCCCGAUUCUCCUUCUGGACCAAGCCAGUCCUGGCAGGCGACAAGAGGAUUCUCUGACUCAAGUGUUUGUCCCUCUGGAGGCCAUCAAGCCAAGUAAAGUGUGCCCUGUGACAGCAUAUGACAAAAAUGGUGUUCGUCUUCUGCUACAUUUUGCCAGCAACUGUCCACCAGGCAGGCCUGACGUUCUAGUCAUUGUGGUAUCCAUGCUCAGCACAGCUCCACAGCCAGUCAGGAACAUUGUUCUGCAGGCGGCUGUGCCCAGGGAAAAGGUUCGGAUGAGAUACAAAUUGACUUUCAUGUUGGAAGAGCAGCCAUUCACAGAAUUGGGGGAAGUAAAUGAUUUUCCACCAACUGAUCAAUGGGGUGCUCUAUAGUUCUUUGUAAUCUAUUUGUCAGUAUACAGAAGGGUUUAAAAAAAAGCCCUCAAUGAAACAUUUGGUUGCAUCGACUUGAAUGGAAGUUGAAGAACUGAAGAAACUUGAGUUUUACCAGUGAAAUGGAAAAUAGAUAGUGAAUGCCAGUUUUAGUCAUAUCAGAACCUUUUUUAAUAAACAACCAGUCUUGCAUAAAGCAAAAAUGCAUAUUUAAUUGUGACAUAGUGGACAUAUGAACACAAACCACAAACGGAUAUUUUCAUACGUGGGUGGACAGCGAUUUGAAGCAAAGAAAAGCGUCUCCAAGACUCAGAAAAAAGCACUCAUGCACUGGCAUGAGAUGGUUCACAAGAGUUGGUCCUAAUUUGGUUGUCGUCUUCCAGACUGGCUCAUGAUAAGAACUAAAUGUGGGUUUCAUAGAAAAUCAUACUUUAUGUUUUUAGGGUCUCAGAAUUGUCCUGAAUGCUUAUUUUAAUUUUUAUGAUCUUUUAGUAUGCUGCAUUCAAAUUCUGUCUUCCUUUGGCUUACUUGUGAUGGAUUUUACGUUUUACAAGGAUUAUAUUUCACGUAAGUAAAUAACAUCACUCCAUAGGAUUUACUUUAAGCAAAUCCGCCUGGAUUAAAGAACAUCCACCUGCAGCAAAUGUUAUCAUCGGUUCCUUGGAAGACAUUAAUAAAGGUCAACAAUCAGCUUUGUACCUGUGUUUUAUAAAGCUGUGAUCAACUAACAGACAAAAGGUUAUGUUUUGAUCUUUUCGUUUUUAAAUUGGUAUUGCAUACAUACAGAACCAUACAUGUCCUGCUCCUGAUGUGACCUGUCAAACCUGAGAUUCAGUAAUGUUUUUUUUUCAAGUGAAAUGUUUUUGUUUAGUUUUUUUCAAGUGUUGCUGAUUCAUGUUUUCAAACUUGAAAGUAAAUUCUGUAUUUAAACCUUGAAAAAAAUACAAUCUAUUGGUGGUUCAAAGUGCUGGUUGAAAGUUGAAGAACUACAUGCUUGGGUUUUUCUGGAGCUCUGGUUAGUGUUACAAGUCAGGUAUUUGUUUUUCGUAAGAAUGUAUUUAAAAUUGUUAAAUUAACUUGUCAUUGUAUUUAAAAGAACAAUUAUUUGCAUGGAAAAAUAAUAAAAUGAAAUCAUUUG